AUUCAUUUAAAAGGUCUUUAAUUGAUUCGAAUUUUUGCUGUUUGUGAGAGAUCUGUGAGAAAAAAAAGUUUGUUUUUCUUCUUUUCGACAUGAGAUAAUGAUUGGAAUGUCAUGGUUCAUUACAAGCCUUGAGCUUUUGAGACAUUAUCUUCUUCUUCUUCCACGAUGCUCACUUCGAAUUCUAAAGACAAGGAAAGAUCUCUCUCCUUCUUAUGUUGCUGGUACUUAGGUCGAAGACGUGUCGCAAUGCUGCUCCUUCUCAGCCUUGCCUUUGUUGUCUUUGUCUUGGGUUCUUACACUAUCAACAAAGAGAGUAGUAACAGUCCAAACAUUCAUCAGAGUAUUGAGACUAUUGAAUUUGGAAGCAACCAAACACCAUUAAGUAGAGAAUUGUUUACCGGAGACUCUAAUAAUGAUCACAUUAGAGGAAGUGAUGUAGACAUCAUUCAUCCUCCUCCUCCUUCUCACCAUCCAUGUGAUAGUUUUUCAUUUCCUCCUCCUCCUCCACCUGGACUUAGAAGGCCUGGACCGCGCCCGUGUCCUGUAUGCUAUCUAUCUCCAGAGGAGGCUUUAGCUCAUAUGCCAAAGCAUCAAUUUGAAUCUCCUGUGCUUAAGAAUUUGACAUAUAUCCAUGAAGAGAGUCCUGUAAAACGUGAAGAAGGUCAAGGAGGCUCGGAGUUUGGAGGUUAUCCUUCUCUUGAAGAUAGGACUAACUCCUUUGACAUUAAAGAGGCCAUGACAGUUCAUUGCGGAUUUGUCAAAGGAACUAAACCUGGCCAUCAAACCGGUUUCGACAUUGAUGAGGAUAUCCUUCAUGAACUGGACCAGUUCCAUGAAGUGAUUGUUGCUUCAGCGAUAUUUGGAAAGUAUGAUCUAAUACAAGAACCGGUGAACAUCGGUGAAAUGGCGAGGAAGAACAUCCCUUUCUACAUGUUUGUGGACGAAGAAACACAUUCAUAUCUUAAGAACACUUCUAGUUACACAGAGGAUAACAAGAGAGUUGGAUUGUGGAGGAUCAUUGUUGCCCACAAUGUCCCUUACACCGAUGCAAGGCGUAAUGGAAAGAUUCCGAAGCUUCUAUUGCAUAGAUUAUUCCCAAAUGUCAGAUACUCCAUAUGGGUUGACGCAAAGCUCCAGCUUGUUGUAGAUCCAUACCAAAUACUUGAAAGGUUCUUAUGGAGAACAAACUCUAGUUUAGCAAUCUCAAGACACUACAGACGUUUUGAUGUGUUUGUGGAAGCUGAGGCGAACAAAGCCGCAAGAAAAUACGACAAUGCCUCAAUUGAUUACCAAGUAGAGUUCUACAAGAAAGAAGGCUUAACACCUUAUACUGAUGCUAAGCUUCCAAUAACAAGUGAUGUUCCUGAAGGUUGUACAAUCAUAAGAGAACACAUACCCAUCACAAACCUCUUCACGUGUGUUUGGUUCAACGAAGUAGAUCGGUUUACUUCAAGAGAUCAACUAAGCUUUGCAGUAGCAAGAGACAAGAUAAGAGAGAAAGUGGAUUGGAACAUUAAUAUGUUCUUGGACUGUGAAAGACGCAACUUUGUAAAACAGGUUUAUCAUAGAGACGUUUUGAUGAAUAUGAAACCUCCUCGAGCUUCCUCUAAGGUUAUUCCAGAGCCACUGGCAUUGCCACGUGGUAAAUCAGUAGGCGGUAGAGCCACCACGGGGAAGAAGAGCUCGGGACAACGUGGAAGAAAACGUCACCGGAAAGUUUCAGCCGGUGGCAAAAACAUAAGAUAACAAAGAUAUCCCUCCAGUUUUCUUUUGUUUUCAUAUAUUUUUUGAACCAUUACUAUUAUUUCUGUGUUAGUAUUUGAAGCAAUUUUGUACCUCUUUGGUUAAAUGAAAUCAAAGCAAUUCAAUUCUGCAUCGGUUAUUAUUGGUUGAACCGAAAAUGUAACCGGUUGGUAAAUGUUUUGUCGGCCAUAGAAAUUAACGUCCAUGUAGGGCCAUUGUAGAACCAA